AUGAUAUCAGCCACACGUCGCUGGCUCAGGCGGCAUCGCACUGGUAUAGCCAUCGGCGCAGGUGUUGUUGGCGCUACGUAUCUGGCAGCCCAGUAUGUCAUUGGAAAGAUUAAUGAAGCGCGAGAGCGCAUGCAGAUGGACAAGAUCGCAAAGGAGAACAUCCGUCGACGAUUCGAGCAAAAUCAGACAGAUUGUACGAUCACGGUCCUCGCGUUACUCCCUACCCUGACCGAGAACAUUCUGGAGGAUCUUCCGGUCGAACAAUUGACUCAUGAACUGCAACAGAAGAAGGCCGAAAGAUUGGCACGUGCCUCAGGAGAAGGGAAAUCCGAAGCCUCAAGUAUGUAUGACGGCGACACGGCAAGCAUGUCAAGCUUCCAGACGGGGAGUUUUAUACAUGCCAGCCAGUUCCAAGGAGAUGCGAGUCAGCCAACGGGGCCUCGCCGGACAAAGGCCCAACUUUGGAACGAAUUGAAAGUGACUUCGAUCACAAGAGCAUUCACACUGAUAUACAGUCUGUCGCUCCUCAUAAUCCUCACACGAAUACAAUUGAACCUCUUGGGUCGACUAAACUACCUGUCGUCGGUCAUUUCGUUGGCCCAGCCGCCACCACCCGAGAGAGCGGACUCGAUUUCAUUGGAGGAUCAUGACGACGGAAGCUCCGGCGCAGCGUUCGGAAACGACUUUGAAACCAAUAGGAGAUAUCUAACAUUUUCCUGGUUUCUGCUGCACAAGGGGUAUGCAAAGAUCAUGUCAAAGGUCAGGGAAGCAGUGGAGGAAGUAUUUGGGGGCAUCUCUCCCAGUGAAGGAAUCACCGCCGCUCGGCUCAGCGAUUUGGUUCUUGAUGUCCGAAAGCGCGUCGAGGGCGGUUCCGAACAGGAGAGAUAUGCCACCAGAUGGCUACCCUAUGUGUUACCACCCAAAGAGGAGGAAGAGACGGUGCUGAUAGAGUCUGGGGUGAUCACUCCCCCUGCAACAUCUCCCGGCUCACACACUCAGGAUCCGGAGAAGGGCGAACGUCAAGAACCCACAAUGCAUAUCGAUACGUCGACAGGGCCAUUGCGGCAGCUUCUCGAUGAGACUGCCGAUCUGAUUGACUCGCCAACAUUCACGAGGAUCCACACCCUGCUUCUCAACUCCAUGUUCUCGCAUCUGCUCGACACUCGGGUUAUUGCCCAACUAUAUCCACAACCCAGGCAACACUCCCCAUCUUCGUCCAUGUCUAGCGCACAACAACCGCGCAUUCAAGAGCUUGACUCUGCCGUCACAGUCGUGCCGGGAGAACCCCGCGUCAAGCUUGCCAACAUUCUGGCGAUUAUAACACGCCAGGCACAUGCGAUCGGAAAUGGGAACAACCCACCCAAUGAAUAUGUAUCUACGGCAGAAGCCGAGGUCAGGGAGCUCGAAGCUUUCGCCGCUGUCAUCUAUGCCAGCAACUUGGAUCAGAGUCUGGAGGAGAACCGGCCAGAUACUGGUGAUAGCGGGUUGAAGGCGGCUGGCGGCGUCGGCGUAAGUGAUGUCGGCGCCGAGCCGGUCGAUGAAUUGAUCGAGAGCAAAUUGGAAAGCGCAUGGACAAAGGUCGCGGGUAGUUCAAGCUUCUCGUCGCGGUGA